UGACUUUAUUUGUAGUCAACUCAUGUAUUUGGCCAGCUUCCCAAUGAGCAAGGAGAGGGGAGCUCCCGGGGGCUACAGAGGAUCCAAGUUUUUAAAAGGUAGAAGAGCAGAAAACAAGAAAUUAUUAGGAGAGAAACCAUUGUUGUAGGCAAGAUCACCCUCCUAAGGGGAACGGAGGGGGCCCAUCAGGAAAUUUCCUAGUGCUCCCUGGGAAAUCUCACAUUGCCUGGUUAAGGGUUAUAUUCCUGGGGGGCUGAAAGUGCCAGGUCAGGUAUUAAGUCUCAAUUUACACUUGGGGCCUUAACUGAGGGGACACCAUUGUGGGGCCUGUGGUUUUCUUUUUAACCACACGCCCCCCAACCACCCCUGCGAUACCUCCCUCCCUCAGAGUCAGCCUUUCCAAUAUGCUUAAUGUGUAUCUGUUUUUCUCAUGUAUUUUUGCAAAAUGGGUGUUGGCUUUUUGUUUGCAUGUGUUUUAAUGUAUGUAUAGAAUAGUGUGCUCUUGACUUCACCGUAUUGCUUUUUCCACCCUGAGAUUGUCAGGGUCACUAGGUGAGUGUCUAAUACUGGCUUCCAAUUGUUGCAAACAUGCCACUUCUCUUCCACUCUCCUGGUGUGGACACCCUGGGGUCCUUCCUCCUUCCCCAGCACAAACAGCAGCAUAGUAUGGAAGGGGAGGGCGGGGCCUCUGACCACUGCUGAGGUCUGACCCUGUGCACUCAUCCUCUGUUCUUUCUCUGGACUCACCCUGUCAUCCACAGUUGCCCUGAACCAGGCUACAGCUUCCGUGGCAUCCACUGAAAGUCUCCAGAAUGGCAGCAUUUACUCUUUCCAGAGCCGGAGUCCAGACUGUGGCAGCUGUGAUAGGAGGAGUCGUGUCCGUGGCAUCCGUGCCCACCGUGCUGGGCGCCAUGGGCUUCACUGGGGCCGGAAUCGCUGCCUCCUCGCUAGCAGCCAAGAUGAUGUCCUCUGCUGCCAUCGCCAACGGGGGUGGCAUCGCCGCUGGCAGCCUGGUGGCGACACUGCAGUCCGUGGGAGCAGCAGGACUCUCGCUGUCAACCAAGAUCAUCCUGGGCUCCCUGGGCUCUGUGCUCACGUUCCUGAGCUUAUAAGAGUUUCCCUCCUCUCUGCCUGCAAAGAAGAGGAUGGCCCUCCUCCGCUCCUCCCCCCCCUCCCCGCCC